AUGUUGCAAAAAUUUCAGUCUGUUGUUGUCAUCGGAUCUGCGAACACGGCCUUUGACGUUUUAGAGGAUUGCCAUGUAGCAGGUCUCCAGUCAACGAUGAACGUUCGAUCGCCAACUUAUAUGGUUCCGUUAGAAUAUGUUUGCGACAAGAUGAGUCUCGGCGCUUAUGACGCUGGCGUGGAAGCAUCGGACAAUCGUUUCCUGCUGCUCCCCACGGUUGUGGACGGACAGCUUGCCCGCAACCUUUUCAGAUUCUUCGCAUCCCAAGAGCCCAAUCGAUAUGAAGAAUUGAAGGCAGCUGGCUUCCCGGCCCUUGACAGCAGUGAUCCGAGUCAAGCGCUUAUGUAUAACCUUCUCGAGCGAGCUGGUGGACACUAUGUAGAUGUUGGUGGCACCAAGCUGAUCGAGGACGGGAAGGUCGCGGUAAAAGCUAAUGUUGAGCCUGUCGCGUACACAUCGACUGGCCUCCAGUUCUCUGACGGGAGUGUUAUCGAGUCUGAUGCGAUCGUGUGGUGUACUGGAUUCGCGGAUGGGAAUCUGCUUCAGACAGGCGCGGAGAUCUUGGGUGCUGGGGCUUCAAAGGUCGAAGGUAAGAAGAUACUUGGAGCAGAAGAGAUUGUCGCACGUCUUGAAGUGACAUGGGGAGUCGAUGCUGAGGGUGAAAUCCGGGGGAUGUGGAAGCGUAACCCGCGCCUGGACAAUUUUUGGGUGAUGGGCGGCUACACUCAGUUGCAACGUUGGCACUCGCAAACUUUGGCCAUCCAAAUCAAGGCGACCCUGGAAGAUAUCUUGCCACCUGCAUAUCUGGAAACACCCCAGGUUUCAGGCUUAGAAAAGGAGUAA